AUGUGUCAUGCUUUAUUAUCUGUUAUCGAUAGUUGUUGCUAGUUUGUUUUUUAAUUAAUUAAAUAUUUAAGAUAGGUACCAUCACGAGGAAAAAAAUCAGCUUUUCCGCGCUCGUCAAGGAGGUGCGGAGCAGAGUGUAAUGCAUUAGGCCCGGAGAAAACGACGAGAAAGACGGAGAGAGAUUAGGGUUUGGGUUCUGUUGUCUCUAGAGAAUCAGCGAGAGUUCUCUGCAGGAUGCUGGCUGCCGCCAUUUCAUGGCUUUUCUUUGUCAGUUCCAUUUUCUGUCUUGUCGCUUGCCUGGUCUCUGCUGUGCCUAAUGAACCAUUUGCGAUUCGCAUUAGUUGUGGCGCUCGUGAGGAUAUUCGAACCAAACCAACAAAUACUUUAUGGUAUAGGGACUUUGGUUACACUGGUGGAAGAUACACAAAUGCAUCAGUUACAAGUUCUAUUGUUCCACCGCUUCAAACACUUCGCUACUUUCCUCUAUCUGAUGGUCCAGAAAAUUGCUACAACAUCAACAGGAUUCCUAAUGGACACUAUGCAGUGAGGAUAUUUUUUGCAUUAGUGGCAGAUUCAGACCUGCAAAAUGAGCCAGUUUUUGAUAUUUCUGUUGAUGGCACUCAGACAUACUCUAUGAAGCCAGGAUGGAGCAACAGUGAGGAUCAGUCAUUUAUGGAAGCACUGAUAUUUGUGACAAAGAGAAGUCUAUCUGCUUGUUUCCACAGCACUGGUCAUGGAGAUCCUUCUAUCCUUUCAAUUGAAAUUCUUCAAGUAGAUGCAAAUUCAUAUAAUUAUGGUCAGUCAAGGAGCCAAGUAAUGAUUCUUCGAACUGCCAAGAGAUUGAGUUGUGGUACCGGAAAGGCGGCCUUUGAUGAAGACUACAAUGGUGACCAUUGGGGUGGAGAUAGAUUUUGGCUGGGAACUCCAUCUCUUAGCCAAGGCUCUGAUCAAUCUAUCUCAACUGAACGAAGCAUAGCUGAAGCAUCACUUCCACCUAACUUUUAUCCGAAAAAGCUCUAUCAGUCCGCAAUCAUAAGCACUGAUCGACAACCUGAUCUAACAUUUGAAAUGGAUGUGGAUCCAGGAAAAAAUUAUUCAAUAUGGUUUCACUUUGCUGAGAUUGACCCAAGAGUAACAAAUGAAGAAGAAAGGGUAUUUGAUAUAUUGGUGAAUGGUGAUGUUAUUUUUGAGAAUGCUGAUAUCAUUCGUAUGACUGGAGAGGGUUAUACUGCACUAGUCCUAAAUAGGACUGUUGCUGUUAGUGGAAGGACUUUAACAAUUAUUUUGCACCCUACGAAAGGAUAUGCCAUUAUUAAUGCUAUUGAAGUUCUUGAGAUUAUUCCAUCAGAGCUUAGAACUUUACCAGAGGAAGUCAGCACUCUGCAAACUUUAAAGACAUCUCUAGGUCUUCCACUUCGUCUUGGCUGGAAUGGUGAUCCAUGUGUUCCCCAACAACAUCCCUGGAGUGGAGUGGACUGCCAAUAUGAUAGCAAGAGUGUGAGAUGGGUCAUAGAUGGCCUUGGACUUGACAACCAAGGUUUAAAGGGCUUUUUGCCAAGUGACAUAUCCAAGUUAAAACAUCUAGUGAGCAUAAACUUGAGUGGAAACAACAUCCAAGGGAGCAUUCCAUUCUCUAUGGGGACUAUUACUGGAUUGCAAACAUUGGACCUUUCAUACAACCAGUUCAAUGGUUCAAUUCCUGAGAGCCUUGGCCAGUUGAAAUCAUUGCGGAUAUUGAAUCUCAAUGGAAACUUGCUCUCAGGAAGAGUUCCAGCCAACCUUGGGGGAAGACCUCUCCAUGGAGCCAGCUUCAAUUUUACAGGGAAUGCAGGUCUCUGCGACAUUCCCGGACUACCAACAUGUGGGCCUCAUCUAUCAAUAGGUGCUAAGGUUGGCAUCGCACUUGGAUCUCUCAUUGCAUUUCUCUUGUUUCUGGUUUGUUUAGCUUGCUGGUGGAAACGAAGGCAAAACAUUCUUAGAAUACAGAAAAUUGCUGCUUCAAGAGAAGCUUCGUAUGCCAAGGCAAGGACGAACUUCGGGCGGGACGUGCAAAUGACAAAGCAUUCACCGCCGCAGCGUACUCAUGACCAGUCUCGCAUUGCUACUGAGGAUAGCCCAGCUUUACUCUCUUGAUUGAGGCGAAUUAUUAGGUCCGGUCACCUGACAGAGAAAUAUAUUUGGAUUUCUCUCUAUCUACAGUAAAGCGCAGUUACUGUAGCAGCUCCGUU